UUCCGCUGUCCCCAGUAUAGUGAGCGUCGAAACAAAAUAUUUAAUGACAGUGAGAUUCCUCCACGUUGUUUAGCUCUGAAUUUUGUCCUUUCGCGGAAAUUUUUAUGUUCUUUAGACGUUUUGCACAAUUAGAAAGAUCGAAUAUGAACUACGUUUGCCAACUUCUUUUUGAAGCAGCUACGGAAGGAACCCCGUUCAACCGUAGAAUCUAUAGUAAAAUGAGUGCAAUGGAACGUGUCGUUUCCAACAACGCAGCAGCUGAGCAACAAUUGGAAUCGAUCAAAGAGGAGUUAAAAGCCUAUAAGAACGAGAAAGCUUCUCGACGAGUUGAAGAGCUUAAAGCAGAAAAUGACAUUUUGAGACAACAGGUUGAAGCUGCUCGCCAAAAACUGAUCGAACUGGAAACAAAAAAUGGUAAACUGCAGAUUCCAAUACCUGAGCAAAUUUCUAUUGACAUUACACCUCUUGUGAAGAUUGAACCUAAACAGGAAAACUCGUCCUCCGCUGCUCAGCGUGAGAAUGACGGUAAACCUCCAAAAGAAAAGAAGCCGAAAAAGGAAAAACCUACGGGAGACUCAAAACCAGCUGGUAAUACAGCGUCCGAAGAACCUCCGGUCGACGUAGGUAGACUAGAUAUGCGAGUUGGAAAGAUAGUAGACGUAUCGCGUCAUCCGGAUGCCGACAGUUUAUAUGUCGAAAAAAUUGACUGCGGCGAAGCUGCUCCACGAACUGUUAUAUCCGGAUUGGUCAAAUUUGUUCCUAUCGAACAAAUGCAAAAUCGCCUGGUCGUGGUUUUAUGUAACCUUAAACCGGCCAAAAUGCGAGGAAUACUGUCUGAAGCGAUGGUGAUGUGCGCUUCAUCUCCUGAAAUGGUUGAGAUUCUUUCCCCACCGGAAGGGUCCGUUCCGGGAGAUUUAGUUCAUGUGGAAGGUUAUACUCGUAUGCCCGAUACCGUGUUGAAUCCGAAAAAGAAGAUUUUCGAAACCGUUGCGCCUGAUCUGCACACAAACGAACAAUUGGUUGCGUGCUACAAGCAGGGCGCUUUUAUGGUCCCUAAUAAGGGAGUAGUUAAGGCUCAAACGUUGAAGAAUGUCAACGUAAAAUGAAACCCGUCUGCUAAGUGACGAUGAAUAGCUGCGGCAAUUUUUUGUCUUAGAAAUAUAUACGUUUUUUGCAGAA